AAAUGAAUCAGUGGUACUUAUUGCUAUAACUGUGAGAUCGAAGAAUGACAAAAUUGAUAUAAAAGAACAAGAAACAAUAGGAAAUAAUAAGAAACAAUAGAAAAUAGACAAGAGAAGAAUACUAUAAAGACUGAAAAUGGCGGAUAAAUACAAGUAUAAAAUAGAAAUCCAGCAAAUGAUGUUUGUGAGUGGAGAAACCAACGAGCCGCCGAUAGAGACUACAUCGAUCAUUGAGGACAUUGUGCGAGGACAGGUUGUUGAGAUAUUGCUACAGGCAAGCAGAACAGCGUAUGCUAGAAACACAAAGAGCAUUGCGCCAGAGGAUGUUAUCUUUUUGAUUCGCCACGACAAGGCAAAGGUGAAUCGACUACGAACGUAUUUGUCAUGGAAGGACGUGCGAAAAAACGCCAAAGAUCAGGAAAAUGGAGGUGUGGAUCCCAGCGCAGAUUUGAUCGACGAGCAUGGAGGAGGCCCAGGAGGAGGCACCAAGGGUGGAAUGCUACUCAAUGGUGGCAGCAACGGCAGCAGUGUUGGUGCAAACAAUGGAGGAAACAUCAUGAAGUUAAAGAAGUCGAAAAUCCGGUUGCCAUGGGAGUUGCCCUUCAUGUUCAGCGAGCAGCCCUUGGAGAACAACGAAGACGAUGAUUUGGUGGACGACGACGAGAAGAAGGCGAUCAUUGCGUCGUUGAAGAGGUUGAAGCAGGCAGACGAGAGGACGAAGGGCAUGACGAAGGACGAGUACGUGCACUGGUCGGAGUGCCGGCAGGCGUCGUUCACAUUCCGAAAGGCGAAGCGGUUUAAGGACUGGUGCGGAACGAGCUACAUUUUGGAGACGAAGCCAUCGGACGAUGUAAUCGACAUCUUGGGGUUUUUGACGUUUGAGAUCGUGUGCUCGUUGACGGAAGAGGCGUUGGAGGUGAAGAGCCACGAAGAGUCGUUGCGCAAAGACCAGCAGCGCACGGAGGCCAGCGCGGGCGGACGCAAGCGAAGGCGGUACCUUUUUGAUGGGCCUGAAGAGGCCGCGCAGGCGUUGCAGCCCGGGCACAUCGAGGAGGCGUGGCGCCGGCUCCAGCAGGUGUCGCAUCGCCAUCGAGCGUUGCUAAACCACCGCGGCGGCAAGCUCUUCGCGCGGACGCAGAUUAUCUAAUCGUUUGGUCAGCGCUGAGUCAGCUGGUUGUUUUGGCUGCACAU